AUGAAGGUGACAACAGGGACGAACAACAGCAGCAGCAGCAACGAAAGCUGGGGAAUGGUUGCCCACGCCGCUGAGUCCCUUUCCCCGACCGACCUCCGUUUGUUCCUCCGGUUGUUUUUCCGGUCAGGACUCGCCGCAAGAGCCGACCUUGCUCUGGUUUUCCCGCCCGGAGCCGCCUCCCGGUUCAACCGGUUGAUCGUCCGGGAGCACGACUCGUUCGGCGAGCUCCUGAAUCGGUACCGGUCGGACGGCAAUCUCACUUCCCUCCCGGCCGGUUUCGACCCGACCCAUUUCUCGAAACCCGGUAAGAAGGGGACAGAAAGUGGAGAGCCAAUUUGGGGGAGGAGGAAUCGAGGCAAUUCCAGCGAGUCGGACGGGUUGAGUUACGGCUCGGUGGUGGGCUUCGACGCCGACGAGCUCGACCCGGAGAACGCGCUAUCCGGGUUUCUCGACCACGUCCCGAUGGGCCUGCGGCGGUGGGCUUGCUACCUGAUGCUGUUGGGUCGGGUCAGGAGGAAUUUCAAGCAUGUGAUGCUGGUUGACAUAAAGGACGUGUUGCUACUCGGUGACCCGAUCGGCCGAGUCAGGAAUCAUAGCCCCGAGUCGGUUUUCAUUAGAGGGCUUGCUGCCCAAUCGAGUUCGGGUAAGCACGGAAGGAGGAACUCGGAGAAGAGCGAAUCGACUCGGAAGAACUCGGUCGACCCGGGAGUUGUGAUGGGCGGGUUGAGAGGUGUUCGUAGGUUUUCAAACGCAAUGUUGACGGAUAUCGUGAGAUUUUCCAUACAACAUAGAAAGAAGAAGAACUCAGUAACCGAGUCGGGUAUUUUCAACCAUCUCGUUGGAAAUGAACACGUGCUCAAGGACGUGAAUUUGAUCGUGUCAGCCGAGUCAUUGCCCGAGGUGAGUGCACUCGCUGGGUCGGGUACGAAACCGGGUUCUCAUUUGUUCUCGAAGAAUUGUGGCAUGAUUAGGAGAGGCAAUAGCAAUUUGGAUUUGAUCAAUUCUAUGGUUAUGAAGCAUAUAUGUUCAUUUCCCAUUGAUUCUACAGUUUAUAGUGAUUGUUGA